GACACCAGAGCCUGGCACUGAGGAAAUAAUAACAGGAUCUGCACGGACAAUAUGAACAUUUCAAAUCAAAUCCCUGUUAUCUCAGGCAUGCCAUGACACACAGAGUGACUAAAACAAAAUGUUAUCUGAAAUCUUUGGCAUUUUAGAGAUCCUUGCUUGACUUGUCAGAUGGCUAGCAAUGACUUAUGAGAAGAUUUCUGGCGAGCCAGAGAAAGACACUGAAGACGUCAAGGACAGCGAGCGACAGACCCGAGAGCGGCCAAGAGGCUUCCACCCGACCACGACUGCUUGUGCAGGCUCCUCGGGGACGAGAGAAAGCAUGACUUGGAGCGCGGCCCUCCGGAGCGCCGGGCUCUGGGUCAUUCUGAGUUUAGCCGCCGGUCAGAUGACUGAGCAGGAGAAAUCAACUAUCAUCGACUUGCACAAUGAGCUUCGCUCGAAGGUUCAGCCCAGAGCGGCCUUCAUGCAGAAAGUGGUGUGGGACGAGACGCUGCGUCUGGUGGCAGAAGCAUACGCUGCAAAAUGCAUCUGGAAUCACAACCCUGACCUCGAGGAGCUCGGUUUGGGAGAGAACCUCUUCGUAAGCACCGGACCGUUUAAUGCCACCAAAGCAACGCUGGACUGGUUUGACGAGCAUGUGGAUUAUGACUUUGAAAACAACACCUGUCCCGAUGAUAAAAUGUGUGGUCAUUACACUCAGGUGGUCUGGGCAGGCACCAAUAGAGUCGGCUGUGCUACUCACUUCUGUGACACUCUGGAGGGUCUGGAUUUCGAGAAGGCCACUCUUCUUGUCUGUGAUUACUUCCCUCCAGGAAAUUACGAAGGACAAAAGCCGUACGAGUCUGGAGAGCCUUGCUCGAAGUGUCCAGAGAAUCUGCCGUUGUGUGAAAACAGCAUGUGCGUGGCCGAGAAUCUCUUCAAUCUGUCUGAAAAGCCCGAGUCGGACGACAGCGAAACUACGACGGCGGUCUUACCCGAGCGUCCCCGAACGACGACGGAGCCCAUCACCGGCCCUGAAGAUCCGACUCAAGCGCACGUUAAAAUCGAGAGAGACGUGCAACGCGAGAUGAGCAGCGGAUCCGAGCCGGAGGGCCUCUCUUCUUCUCUGGUGACGCUGCUCUUUCUGCUCGCGCCUCUUGUUUUGUGAGCGUUUCAGGCGGACGAGAACCUGCCAACAAAACACUCGUUUUAGGGAAAUCUCGAUACGCUGAAAACGCAUUCACAUCCGAAACGCCUCUUCAACAGCUUUAGGAGAAACCUCGCAUUAAGUCACCUGCUUGCCGACGGAUGCUCUGCAGCGAAUGGGUGCCGUCGGAACGAGAGUCUGAUAAAAGCGUCACGAUAAUCCGUCACUUAACGUCUUUUGAAGGCAAAAUAUUUGCAGCAAUAGCCAAAAAUAUGGGCCAAAAUGAUCGUUUUUUCUUUAAUGUCAAAAAUCAUUAGGAUGGGAAGAGAUUUUGUGAAUCUCCUAACAUAAAUAUAUCAAAACUUCAUCGUUGAUUAUUAAUAUGCAUCGCAUCUGGAACUCUUUAAAGGUGGUUUUCUCAAUAUUUGGCUUUUUGGGGUUUUUCUGGGGGGUGGGUUUCACAGAUGUUGUGCUCUCCUAACAAACUAUACAUCAGAUGGAAAGCUUAUCUGUUCGGCUUUCGGAUGAUUCUUGAAUCUCAUUUUCUAAAAAUCGAUUUUCUAAAAUACGAGUCUUUAAUCCGUGCUGUUGCUUUCGAAUUGAGAGAGAAAUAUGAACAGAUCAGGCACAAAACAUCUAAAACGGUCCUAAAUUAAUGACACUUUUUUACUGGAAGAAAGGUUAUUAUGGACUCGGCCGAAAGUGACGUGUAUGGAUUUGUUUCUUAUAACUUUAACUUAAGCUUUUCCCUGAGCCCUAAUUUCUGACGCCUUCUUUGAAGUCUACACGGAUUUCGGAAAGGCUUAAGAGAUAAAUGAACAAGUUUUUAUGGAUCAGGCCAAAUGAGUGUAUUUUUUUUCCCCUCGCAAACAUCAUUCAUCUCAUAUCUUGUUUUAUAGUUUACUUUUAUAAAAUGUCUGACUCGUUACGACCAAACACUUGAAUUAAGGCUGCGAUGGCAUUACUAUCCACUACGAAACAUGAAAGAAAAAAAAAUUACAUAAUAAAACAGAAAAAGAGGAUUUAUGCAUCUGGAUCAGAUAUCAAAAUUGGACUGCAUUUAAUUUGCAUUGAUUUUUUUUUUCUCAAACCAACUACAGAUUUAAAAUAAACGAAGAAACCUAAUGGGAUGCAUAUUUGUCACACUCUAUUUUAAAUGCAGUGUUUGUGUUUCGAAACACAGAUAUUCAAUUAUAAACCGCGCCAUAAUUUUGGCGUGUGAAAAUCAUGCCCUUAUGCGUUUCAUUUAUUAAUGGCUGACAAAUAUAUAUCACAUAAACCAGUUAAAACUGUAGUGAAAAACAUCUUUGAAUUUAUCCUUGUACUGCUGCAGCUUUUUAGGCCUCUAUGGUGAAAGAAAACCUUUUCCAGAUGUUUUAAGGUAAUCUCACGCAAGUAUCCAGUUUUUGAUCGUGUAUUCAUCUCAAAGUAAGGACAAUUAUUACUAUUUUCAUGAUUUGGUUUUGUGGAGCGUUUGACGCGGCUGGCAUAAAGCUUUUGCGUGACAGUCACGCUUGUGUAGAUUUACAGUAUAUUAAAUGUUGAAAUUCACAAUUUAAGAAAAAGAUAUACUCUCAGUGACGUUCAUAAACGUGGCAUGUAUUUGUAUGCACAUCUUUUCAUAUGCAGGCUAAAUGUCAUUUAUAUUGUUUUAAAAGGACAAUCUCUUCGGGGUUGAAACACCUGAAGGAACUGGAAUGUUUUUUGUUGGUGAUUUUCAUAAGCAUACAGUUAAUGUUUGCUGUGAGAACUUCGAUGCACACUUGUUUACAAUUUUGAUGGACGAUGCUAGUUAUGAUCAUCUCGAAUGCAUCACAGAUUAUAAAACUGUUGGACACAACAGACACCACCAGAUGGCAGAGUAACCCAAUAAAACCGUUGACGUCGCACUGGUUUUAAUGAACUCCGUGUAAGCGUAUGUUCAAUGACCAAUAAAACCGGCUCAAACGAGAGUUUACAGGCUUUUAUUUCUAGCUUAGAGGCAGUAUUCAGUUCAGACAAAUAAACACAUUUAAAAAGUGACGAAAACAGAGCAAAACAGCAGUCUACUCUAGAUCGUUCUACUUUAGAAAAUGCUAAUAAGCAUUAGCAUCGCGAAAAUUAGCUUCUCGCUACUACUGGCAGCCAUCUUGGCUCAAAU